AUGAUCCCGCCAAGUGUUUCGUGUAGAGCCUGCAGUUCCGCCUGCAGUAGCCUACAAGCCAUCGCGCGAAACGGGGUGUGCUCGGUUUCUACGUCUCCCAGCCUCUUCCUCUUUUCCUCCGUUCGAACCCGACCCUCCGUUUAUACAGUCAGUCCUGAUGGGCUGAGGCGUGAUCCCCGAAGAGCCUUUCACUCGACCCCCCAGCAUUCGUUUGCUUCCUCGCCGCCUGCGCGUCUUUCUUACCGUGUUGCAGUUUCAUCUUCCGGAAAAGGACGGCGGUUUCACCCUCUCAAAAAUGCAUACAAUUUUGACCCCCACGCCGCCGAUGCACUCGGUGUAACUAAAGACAAGAAUCCGGCUACCCGCCGGCGGAACCGGCCGGACAGCGGGGAAGAUGCCUUUUUUGUGAGCCGAGUGGGCUCGCAAGAUCUUGGUCAGUCGGGCGACAAGGCCGCAGAAGCAAUCGCCUUCGCGGUGGCAGAUGGCGUUGGCGGCUGGACCGAGUCCCGCGUCGACCCAGCCGACUUUUCGCACGGGCUGUGCAGGUACAUGGCGCAAUCGGCGCAGGCCUGGGAUGCGCCGGCGGACCAGCUGCGACCCAAGCAGCUCCUACAAGCGGGCUACGACCAGGUCGUUGCGGACCCGGGCAUUCGCGCUGGAGGCAGCACCGCCUCUGUGGGAAUUGGACUGCCAGACGGCCGCGUCGAGCUGGCCAACCUGGGUGACUCCGGCUCGGUGUUGUUGCGACUCGCAGCUGUGCAUCACUAUUCGCCUCCCCAGACCCAUGGUUUCAACACACCCUACCAGCUCAGCAUUAUCCCGCCGCGCAUGCGCGCCCAGGCCUCCAUCUUCGGCGGUGCCUUCCUGGAGGACUUCCCGCGCGACGCCGCCGUCACCAACGUCCAAAUGCAGCACGGUGACGUCCUGAUGCUGGCCACCGACGGUGUUUUCGACAACCUCAAUAACCAGGAAAUUCUCAAGCUGAUUACCAGCCGCAUGGUCCUGACAGGCGCGUGGACUGCGGCCCCAGACCACGGGAUCGGCGUCUCGAACAGCCUCGGUGCUUUAACCGCUCAAGGCGGACUGGCCUCAGUGUUCCCUCCUCGAUCGGACUUCCCGCCAACCUCCGAGUCCAACAUCACUCUCCAGUCCCUCCUCGCGGCCGCUGUCGCCGGUGAAGCAAAAAUUGCGAGUCUCGACUACCGUCGCGAUGGCCCUUUUGCCAAGGAGGCCCAGCGCUACUAUCCCGGUGAUUAUUAUCGUGGCGGCAAGGUGGAUGACAUUUGUGUUCUCAUGAUUGUGGCUGUCGAUGACGGUCUUGCCGCGACUGGCAGCCCCGAGUGA